AUGCCAGAGCAAGCUGCCGGUUCACCAAACACCAUUAACGGAGUCUCUAACUCUUCCUACCGAGUCUUUACAUUAUGGAUGCUCUUCUUCUUCAUGUUUGCCAUGGACAAUGGCAAUCGCCAGCAAACUCAGCCGUCCGCAAGUGUAGGGAGCUUGCUCGAUUUGCAAAGGAAUUUCACGUCUGAAUUGCAAAAUGCUACGUUUGCUGAGAAUCAUACUGACGUGUCAGAAAUCAUGCCCAUUCUAGAUAAUCUACAUGACCUCACUCGAUUUGAACGACUACGAACACUGUAUACUAAUAUCACGGGACUGUAUCGAGGAUCAUAUGCACCAUUUAAUUUAACGGCUCAUCACGUAAAUCAAUCGCAGUACUAUAAUGAAACGACUAGGAAUAGGUUUCUGUCCAUGAUCAACCCGUAUGCUUCUGGCGUGCUCUCUGGCACUCUCUUCUCUAAUGCCACGGUAGCUCCGGGUAUCAACUUGAUUGAAGGACAGUACAAAUUAAGGACGACAUAUUUUGAGAAUUCGCUGAAAUGGUGGACGAUGCCAAACAGUCUUACGCUCUCCAUCGCUGGACUUCACUGGAUUGAAACUGGAGUCGUCUGGAUGGUCGCAGUGCCUCAGGGAUAUACAUUGCGAGGACGGGAUAUUAUGAAGAUGGCCCUGAACGACAAAGCAUUCAACGAAAGCAGAGCCAUAGCCGUCUCAUUCUCGAAAAUGAGAGAAGCCGAGCUGCUGAAAUAUAUAGAAGAAGGCACAAACGCAGACGAAGAAGACGACUCUAAAAAGCCAGCCAUGUCUACAUGCAUGCUGUACAACUACAUGCAGCUACGACCAGUGCCGGGUCUAGACGGCCAAUCAGCCUUGACCGCAUAUGAGUACGAAUUGGCUCAUCCGACUGGUAUAUCGCUCCCAUCACGACCACCGAAUCUCGCAUCUGCAUUCAUGUACAGCCCGACGUGUGGGCUGGCGCUAAGUCUAGACGAGAUUCAGGGUCUCAAACUAGAAUUGUAUCAAGUCAAAUCUGUACGUUAUGCUAUGAUGAUGGUUGCCGUGACGCUGGUUGAGCUGGUGUUGACGCUGAUACAGAUUGAUUAUUCGAGAGGUGCUCCGUCAUCGUUGAGUAAAGUGUCGCUGAUGACUAUGGGAAUGUCGACUAUUAUGGAUGCGUAUUUGUGCUUGUUGAAUCUUACGACUGGGGCUGUGUUUACUACUGUGUUCCUCCCAUUCGUAACGGUAGCAUUCCUCAAGUUUGUUUUGUUUUGUAUCUUUGAGAUGAGAUACUUGUUGACAAUCUCACGAUCGCAACGGCGGGAACGCGAUCAUUCGGUGUUUGGGCCUUUGUUCUCCAGGACUUACUUGUAUCUUUUUGGCGGCCUCUUCCUGUUUUGCCAGAUUGCUGCUAGAAUCACUAUGUUUAUGGGUGUUGCUGGAUUUCUCAUUAACGCAACCCAUAAUUCUCGACGAGCCUUUCAAACGUAUUACGUGCUUGGGAUAUCUGUUGUUCGGCUGGUGCCUGCUUUGUACAUAUUUGGUUGCCCUCUGAACGUCGUUACAUUUGAAGACGCUGAACCUAUCGGUGUCAUUGCAUUAAUAACUUAUGUCGCAUUACAAUGUGCUAUAUUGCACUUGCAAGAGUUUAUGGGUCCUAGAUUCUUUGUUCCUACUGGGUGGCUUCCGCAAACCUACGACUAUCACCCAGUGCUAAAUGGUGGCAGCGAUUUGGAGAGUCUGCCCAAUAGUACUGGUCCUUUGGAGUCACCGACUGUACCAAGUUCUCGACGAGAAGACACAGCAGUCAGUGGACACGGACAUCCACGUCUCACUAAUCAUGAUUGUCCGAUAUGUUUCCUGCCUGUAAAUAUACGUCCUCCUCGGUCAUCAGGCCCUUCCAAUCCUUUGGAAGGUGAAUAUGGACGAUACAACUAUAUGUCCUCAUCCACAUCCUCCGCUUCAGAUCACCACCACCACCACCACCACCAUCGACACUCUAAAAACCACAAGACCCAACGACCCCAUAAAGACGACGACGACCACCACAAGAGCCACAGUAAAUCGAAAAAGAAGAGACACCAUGACGAGAAGGACAAGAAACAUAAACGCAAGCGACGACAUAGUGAACCCAACAUGAGUGUCGUUAGUAUGGUCGAAAUGGCGUUGGGUGGUGUUACGGAUACGAAUCUUGUCAGUCAUGCGCCUGCUAUUGGACAUGUUGCGCAUGCGCAUGGACAUCAUCAUCAAGGGCAUGGUGUGCCGCAGCAUAGGGCAGGACAUGUGGGAAGUGAGGGUAUAACGGCUUCGGUGUCUGCGGCGAGUAAUGGUAUAACAGCUGCAGUGUCCGCAGCACCGGUAUCUAGUGGCCGACGUCCUGUCUCGAGGCCCCAAACGAAGGAGGAGCAUGUCGCUCAGCAGUCUGUUGUACGUGACGUGCUUGAUCCGUAUACAGGGAGAAUGAGGAAAAUUAAGGGGAGUGGAGAGGUGAUUGAGUCUAUAGUGUCAAGGGAACAGCAUCGAGAGAUAAAUAGGCUGGCUACGAGGGGUGAUGGGAUGGUGUACAUGGCGACGAGCCAACUUAAAAAGUAG